GUGAUUUUGUGUAUGCCUUUGCUGUGCUUUGCUAUGCUGUGGCUAUUUAAUAAUACUACCAUCCAUCCGUUGUUCUGGGUAUUUACUUCUAUAUCCACGUCCAUCGACCUACUCGACUCGAAUAUCAAUGCCAAUGCCAAUCAAUGCCAGUGCCAGUACCAGUCCAGCACCUCAACCUCCCUCCCUCCCUCCCUUUUUCUUCAGAACCACCACCACACCAGAGAAGUUACGUAACACAGUACAG